AUGAUAACGGAACGUGGUUGAUCUCUGGCAGUGAUGAUGUGAUCGGUUCUGUGCGGGAUCAGAAGUGAUGAUGAUCAGACUGAUCUUGUGAUCUGAUUAAGUGUAGAUCUGAGUUAUAGAGGGAGCAGAUCAGUGUGUAGAAGCGUUAUUGACAGCAUGGAGACUUUAGAACUGAGUGUGUCUGCACUCAGCACCAUUUCACUACACUGUGAGAAACACCAGUCUGAAAUCAAAGCCUACUUAAACAAACAGGUAUGGAACCAGCAGGACAGACAGGCAGUCUUGGCCCUCUUAGCUCAGCUCCUGUUAGAAAAAGAGUACACGCUCUUGAUUGCCCGGCAUCUACGACCGCUGGUGCUGGACCUGCUGGAGAGGAACGCUGAGCGGAUCAAGAGGGACGUUCGCCUCAACCACGAUCUCCAUGAGCGACUAUGUGUAGCCCUCAGCAAGCUUCUCAACAUCAGCCCUGAUGCUCAGGCGUUUGCAGCGAGGUACUUCAGCAGCGCGCCUCCCGUCUUCCAGAGACUCUUCUUCACCAGUGAGGAGGCCGCGUCCAUCCAGUACGGCCCCAGACGCAUGAAGCUCCGGGACCUGAUGUGGGCCACGCUGCGCUUCCUGCAGAGCGACUGUGAGAAGUUUCGGGUGUUGUGGGACUGGAGCGUCUGCGUCUCUCAGCUGCUCACGAGUGACGUCAUGGUUCGAGGUUAUACGGCACAGUGUCUUGCCUUGGUGUCCCACAUGACUGAUAACCAGAAAACCAUCUUCCUGAGGAAAGUUCUGUCAAGUGAGGAGAUUCUCCAUCUCAAAAUGAAGUCUCUAGAGGAGACGCAGCAGCUGGAGGUGGAGCGAGCUUUGGUUCUAGCUAACCAGGGUUCUGUGCAGAGGCGAACGGAGAAAGGAAAUAAGUUUACCAAAGGUCAAGUGAUGUGUGAGGAUCUCUCUCAGUGCGUCACCCCUGUGUGUGGAGUGAUUUUACCGAGACUGAGCCCUCAACAGGACGAGCAGACAUCUUUGAAAAAUCUGGUGCUGGUGGAUUCGACGUGCCGGAAUCUCAGGCGCCUUGCUAUGGCCGUGGCGUCCCAGAAACCCGUUCUUCUGGAAGGUCCUAUCGGCUGUGGUAAAACAGCUCUGAUUGAAUACCUAGCAGCAGCCACCGGGCACAACAAAGCCCCAGACAUUCUCAAGGUUCAGCUGGGAGAUCAGACAGACAGCAAGAUGUUGUUAGGCAUGUACCGAUGUACAGACAUUCCUGGAAAGUUCGUGUGGCAGCCUGGGUCCCUCACUCAGGCAGUAUCCAAGGGCCACUGGAUCCUCCUGGAGGAUAUCGAUCACGCUCCUCUGGACGUAAUAUCUGUGCUGCUGCCAUUGAUGGAGAACAAGAAGCUUAUGAUCCCAGGUCGAGGGGACUGUAUUCAGGUCGCGCCCGGCUUCCAGUUUUUUGCUACGAGACGGAUGUUCUACAGUGGUGGAAUGUGGCACCGGCCUCAGAGUACCCAUGCCACUCUGCUGGAUAAGUACUGGACGAAGCUGCAGAUUGGCAAUAUGACCCGAGAUGAACUCAAACAGGUUCUGUCAAGCAGAUUUUCUAACCUGGCUUCAGUAGUGGAUCGUCUGCUCGAUAUUUUCUGUCAGCUGACUGGAGACAGACACCACGUCGCCGUCAGCUCUGACUCGCAGGCUCCACAGAGUGAGGACCGGACCACGCUGUUAGAGGGUCGAGGACUUUCUCUGAGGGACUUGCUGAAGUGGUGUGAACGGAUGUGUAUAAACUUUGACAGCUCCUCCUCCACCACAGCACAAAACGUCUUCCUGGAGGCUCUGGACUGCUUCACUGCCAUGCAGUCCAAAUCUGAGAGCAGGCUGAAGCUGGCUGAGAUCAUCGGCAGCAAACUCAACAUCUCCAAAGAGAAGGCCCAGCACUUCUGCCAAAUGUACCAGCCUGCUAUCAGUAUAACAGAGCUCGAGGUGACGGUGGGACGCACCACGCUGCAGCGCAAACAGAGUGAUGCCGUGCGCCUCGAAACAGAUAAACAAACAUUCGCCGCCACGCGCCCCUCGGCUGUCCUACUGGAGCAGUUGUCCGUGUGUGUGACGAAAGGUGAGCCGGUGCUGUUGGUGGGAGAAACAGGGACAGGAAAGACCUCCACAGUGCAGUACCUUGCUGGAAUAACAGGACACAAACUGCGUGUGGUCAACAUGAACCAGCAGAGUGACACUGCAGAUCUUCUUGGGGGGUACAAACCCGUGGAUCACAGGCUGAUCCUGUUGCCCCUGCGUGAGGCAUUCGAGGAUCUCUUCUCACAGACAUACUCGAGGAAACAGAACAUGACCUUCCUGGGCCACGUGCAGACUUGCUUCCGGGGCAAACGCUGGCAGGACCUGCUGAAGCUCAUGGACCACGUGUGCCAGUCAGCCCUCACCAGGGAGCUGCAGGACAAACCCGACGCUGCGCUGCUUCAGGAGAAAUGGGAAGCGCUCGCGCUUAGACUCAGUCAGACUCAGGAACAGAUCAAAGCCCGGGAGUCGAUGCUGGUGUUCGCUUUCGUUGAGGGCACGUUGGCGCAGGCGGUGAAGAAGGGGGAAUGGGUUCUGCUGGAUGAGAUAAAUCUGGCCGCGGCUGAGACACUGGAGUGUUUGAGUGGACUCCUGGAGGGCAGCGCUGGUUCUUUGGUGCUGCUGGACAGAGGAGACACAGAGCCUCUGGUGCGCCACCCUGACUUCCGCCUGUUCGCCUGCAUGAACCCGGCUACUGACGUCGGCAAGAGGAACCUGCCCCUGGGUAUCCGGAACAGGUUUACUGAGCUGUACGUGGAGGAGCUGGAGAGUGAAGGAGAUUUACGGAUCCUCGUCUCUGAUUACCUGAAAGGACUCAACCUGAACAGGAGCCUGAUACAUGGCAUCAUCAGUUUUUAUUUGGCCAUCCGUAAAGAGGCCAAUCUGCGACUGAUGGACGGGACCGGCCAUAAACCUCACUAUAGUCUACGUACACUGUGCAGGGCCCUAAAAUAUGUGGCUUCUAACCCCUGCUACAACGUCCAGCGUUCCCUCUAUGAGGGUUUCUGCCUGAGUUUCCUAACACAGCUGGACCGCAGUUCCCAUCCUGUGGUAGAGAAAUUGGUUCGCCAGUACAUUUUAGGCGGAAACGUCAAGUGUCUCAAACAGCCCAUUCCAGAGCCGCGAGAGGGAGGCUGUUUGAAUAUAGAAGGCUACUGGUUAACUCAGGGCGACAUGGACCCAACUCUGGACCCUAACUACAUCCUCACCCCCUCGGUGCACCUCAAUCUGCGAGACCUGGCCCGCGUGGUGUCUGCUGGCAUCCACCCAGUCCUGAUCCAGGGAGAGACAUCAGUGGGUAAAACCAGCUUGGUUAGAUGGCUGGCGUCUGCUACCGGGAACCAGUGUGUAAGGAUCAACAACCACGAACACACAGACAUCCAGGAGUACAUAGGCUGCUACUCAUCUGACGAGCAGGGCAAGCUCGUCUUCAAAGAAGGUGUGCUGGUCGAUGCCAUGCGCAAGGGUUACUGGAUCAUUCUGGAUGAGCUGAACCUCGCCCCCACCGAUGUUCUCGAAGCCCUGAACAGAUUACUGGAUGACAACAGGGAGCUUUUCAUUGCCGAGACACAGGAAGUGGUCAAAGCACAUCCCAGAUUCAUGCUGUUUGCAACCCAAAACCCUCCAGGCCUCUACGGGGGCAGAAAGGUCCUGUCCAGGGCGUUUAGGAACCGGUUUGUGGAACUGCACUUCGACGAGUUACCCAGUAAGGAGCUGGAGACCAUCUUACACCAGCGCUGCAGCCUGCCGCCAUCUUACUGCACCAAACUGGUCCAAGUCAUGCAGAACCUGCAGUCACUGCGACGAGGAUCGAGCGUGUUUGCUGGGAAGCAGGGUUACAUCACUCUGAGAGAUCUGUUCCGCUGGGCCGAGCGUUAUAGGCUGGAAGAGCAGGCCGACUCAUCACGUGAUUGGCUGCAACAUCUAGCCGAUGACGGGUACAUGCUGUUGGCUGGUCGGGUUCGUAAACCAGAGGAGGCUUCAACUAUCAAGAACAUUCUGGAAAAGCACUUUAAGAGAACAGUAAACCCUGAUGCAUUGUUCUCUGAAGCUCAGGUCACCUCUCAGUUCAGUCCGUUUGUAAACAGCAUUGCUGGCAUGCCAGAGGAGUUCGGACACGUGGUUUGGACGCAGGGCAUGAGGAGGCUCGCAGUGCUGGUGGGGCGUGCACUUUGUUUCGGAGAGUCUGUCCUGCUGGUGGGGGACACUGGGUGUGGAAAGACCACUAUUUGCCAGCUGUUCGCUGCCCUGUCUGGACAGAAGUUUUUCUCUCUGAACUGCCACCUGCACAUGGAGACGUCAGACUUUUUGGGUGGUUUAAGGCCAGUCCGACACACCGGAACAGGACAGGAGGAUGGGCGUCUGUUCGAGUGGAGGGAUGGACCCCUGGUGCUGGCUAUGAGACAGGAAGGAGUCUUUCUCAUGGACGAGAUCUCGCUGGCUGAUGAUUCCGUACUAGAGAGACUCAACAGUGUUCUAGAGACGGAGAAAUCUCUGGUCCUGGCAGAGAAAGGCAGCAGCGAUGACGACGACGUGGAGCUCAUAAUCGCCGGGAAGAAGUUCAGACUAGUGGCCACUAUGAACCCCGGUGGAGACUUUGGAAAGAAAGAGCUUUCUCCAGCGCUGAGGAACAGGUUCACUGAGAUCUGGUGUCCUCAGAGCAACAGUCGUGCUGAUCUGAUGAAGAUCAUCCAGCACAACCUGAGACCAGGACUUUCAUUAGACCAGCGAGACCAUCAAGGUAAGGACAUCGCUGAACUGAUGCUGGACUUCAUCGACUGGCUGACCAAUCAGGAGUUUGGAAGACGGUGCAUCCUGAGCGUGAGGGACAUCCUGUCAUGGGUGGACUUUCUGAACUCCGUGUGUGAGAAGGAUGGGGAACGAGAUGAGAACAGCUUUAUGGCACUGGGGGAGGAGGAGGACGAGGAGGAGCUGGAGUGGGACCAGAGACUGGAUACCGUCACCGCGUUCAUCCACGCAGCAUGUCUGGUUUAUGUGGAUGGAAUCGGAUCAGGUACGACAGUAUCGGCAGCAGAGAACGUUGCAGUGGCUAGGAAGGCAUGUCUGGCAUUUCUGAAAUCAAGGCUGAGCAGAAUCACCACGCUGGAUGAGAAGAUGCAGGAAGCACUGAGGGUUUAUGACAUCAGCCUGGCCAGAGAGCCACGCUGGGGUGACGACUUCUUCGGCAUCGAGCCCUUCUACAUCAUUGCUGAUCUUGAGCCAGAGAGUCGCACUCUGUUGGACUACACCCUGGGCGCUGGCACUACAGCAGUCAAUGCCAUGAGGGUCUUGCGGGCGCUGAAGCUGCAGAGACCCAUCCUGCUGGAGGGGUCGCCCGGUGUGGGCAAGACCAGUCUUGUGGGCGCUCUUGCCAAGGCCUCCGGGAACCAGCUAGUCAGAAUCAACCUCUCUGAGCAGACGGAUGUUACUGACCUGUUUGGAACAGAUCUUCCAGUGGAAGGAGGUAAAGGAGGAGAGUUUGCCUGGCGGGACGGUCCACUUCUGGCUGCUCUGAAAGCCGGACACUGGAUUGUACUAGAUGAGUUAAAUUUGGCGUCUCAGUCCGUGUUGGAGGGGCUGAAUGCUUGUUUCGACCACAGAGCUGAGAUCUACAUCCCAGAGCUGAGCCUCCGUUUCCAGGUCCAGCAGGAGAAGACCAAGAUCUUCGGCUGCCAGAACCCGUUCACACAGGGUGGAGGGAGGAAAGGCCUGCCCAAAUCCUUCCUCAACAGAUUUACUCAGGUGUAUGUGGAUCAGCUCAGCAGUGAAGACAUGAAGUUUAUUAGCAACACUAUUUUUCUCGAUAUUGACGAGCCGAUCAUCUCCAAAAUGGUUCAGUUCAGCAACAAGCUUGUACACGAGGUGACGGUCGAAAGGAAAUGGGGACAGAAAGGAGGCCCCUGGGAGUUCAACCUGCGAGAUCUCUUCCGCUGGUGUCAGCUGAUGCAGACCGACCAAUCGCCUGCCUUCUAUAACCCGGGUCAGCAUGUUGGACUGGUCUAUGCAGACCGCAUGAGAACAGAAGUUGAUAAGGCUCAGGUGCUGUCAGUGUUCAGAAAGGUGUUUGCUGAGGAUUUUGAGCCAUAUUUGGGCUCCAGGCAGUUCCACAUCACUCCCCUCAACCUUCAGGUGGGCUCCUCAGUCCUGCAACGCAGCGGUGGUGCACCCGUCACUCUUGACCCUCCUCUGUCUAUCACCCAUCAAUCUCUGAGGCCUCUGGAGUCUUUAAUGAAAUGCGUGAAGAUGGGCUGGAUGGCGAUCCUGGUGGGUCCCAGUGCCAGUGGGAAGAGCAGCCUGGUGCACCUGCUAGCCCUGCUGACGGGACACAGGCUCAGAGUGAUGGCCAUGAACAGCGCCAUGGACACCACCGAACUGCUGGGAGGGUUUGAGCAGGUGGACAUCAUCCGACCAUGGCAGCAAGUGUUGGAGAGCAUGGACUACGUGGUUGCUAUGGUGACCCGACGUGGACUGAUGUCUCUGGACGGGGCCGUGCAGGACACCGAGUUCCUUCUGAGCACGUGGAGCACGUUUCUGUGCUGGCUGCGGGCAGAGGGGCUCGAUACGGCCGAGGGCACUGUGACCUUUGAGGCUCUGAAUAAACUGGAGGUCAUCAUAGUGCUGCUGCACAAACUCAACACCAAGCUCAAAGUCUUCACAGACAUGUCCAAACUACAGAUGGACUUCACCCUUCUUAAGGAGCGCUUGGCUCAGAUGGAGGAUGGUUGGAGUCACGGUGGCUUCGAGUGGCUGGAUGGUACCCUGGUUCAGGCUCUGCAGGCUGGAGACUGGCUCCUAAUGGACAACGUCAAUUUCUGCAGCCCGUCUGUGCUGGAUCGUCUGAAUGCUCUGUUGGAACCGGGUGGGUGUUUGACCGUCAAUGAGCGUGGAGUCAUAGACGGUACAACACCGAGCAUCACUCCACACCCCAACUUCAGGUUGUUCCUCACUAUGGACCCUUUACAUGCAGAGAUCUCAAGAGCCAUGAGGAAUCGUGGUGUGGAGAUCUACAUCCCUGGAGAGGCCGAGGGGGCGUGCUGGGACUCACUGGAUCUAAAGACAGUCCUACACACGCUGGGAGUGACCGGAGAUUGUGUGUGUGACGUCCUGACCAGCGUUCAUUCUGAGAUCAAAGCCGCUAUCUGGGAUUCUCCAGCUUCCUCAGUAUCAUCUCUGCUUCACGCGGCUGCCCUGUUGUCCUGCCAGCUUCAGAGGGGUGUCGAUCUACCCAGUGCCAUGCUGCAGGCAUGCAGUGAAGCAUACGCCUUCUGUCAACGCACCACUGCCCACCAGCAGCUGGCUCAGGAGCUGAUAGAGAAGCAGUUGGCAGUGUUGGACUCUGAGGAAUGGGGCAGUGGGUUGCUGUGUGCCGGUGUGUGGCCAGAUCGUGUACCGUCAGCCCUGCAGUCUACAGAGGACUCGUGCUUCUCCAGUGUCCAGAGGGACGGACAGGUCCUUCUCUACUGCCUGAACACACUUAGCCUGCAUGGCAAAAGGGCACGGCCGCUGAGCCUGACUGAUCUGCAGAGGGCGAUGCAGAGCGGUGCAGCACUGGAAGGCCUACAAUUUUCUUCUGUAGCUGGAUCAGAGGGCGGAGUCAGUGAUGCCCAGCAGCUCCUCCCCACAGCAGUACGGAUCCUGACUGAGAGAGCCUCCCACAGUGACUGGGUCCUGCGUACCAGUUGGCUCAGCCACCUGACCAAGACCUACAAACAUGCACCAGAAACAGCCCUGAUGCAGCUGGAGGCUGGAUGCCAGGCUCUCAAAGCAGUCUUCAACAGCAAACUCAUUGGCAAGGGCAAAUACCUGACUGAGCACCUUCAACCACACAAUACAGAUGACUACAGGAUCCUGGUGGACAUGCGUUGGAACAAGCAGUACUUGGACAUCCUGGCUAACACGUGUAACUUUGAGGAUGAGGAGAGAUGUGUGGAGUUUAUGGAGGCUCUGUAUGCUGUCGCCAACAGGAUUAUUAUACUGUUGGACCGAGAGGAAAGAGCAGCGAUGGACAACAGUGCUGAAAACUCACCACCUCACACCAGUGCCCUCAGACUGGCUUCUGCCUUUUCUAAAGGGACUGUUGAUAUUGGGCAGCUGCCACACCCCGUCCUGGUACACCUUCGCCCUUUCUUCGAUCUUUGGGAUUCCUUUGUGCUUCAGGCCGCACAGACGGACCAACCCAACAUCUCCGACCACCUCAUGUUCGAGAUCCUGCAGCUGCUUCAGUGGAGGGACCGUUUCUGGAACGUGUGUAACUCCUUGCCGGCCGACACUCGCGGCACAUGCGUGCUUUCCUUACACUGGCAGUGGGUCCACAAACACCUUGUCCUGCGCCUGCCCCAGCUACUGAUGGGUGACGGAGAUUAUGAAGGGCAGCAGGAACUUCACACCAUCUCUACAGCCAUCCAGAACACUCUCUCCAGCUCUGUGUCAGUGGCGCUGGCACUAAAAAGCAUUCAGAAGACACUGGGGAAGCCUCUGCCAUUUAAGCUGGAAAGUGUUGCCGAAUGCUUCAACCGUCUCCGCCUCCUCAGUAAGAUUCUCGACGUUAAAGACUUGCGGCUGACCGACAACACACCGUCAUCCUGGAAACGGGAUGUGGCCCGACUCAGAGGUGUUGCCAUGGGGACAGACUCAAAGGAAGCCUUACUACGAGGUUGGGGUCUCAUCCUGCAGGCCAACCUUCUGAUCGAUCCUCAAAGCACUGGUGUGAUGGAGAGAUUGCUUGGGUGUGUGGAUCAGCAGCACAGUCACAUGACCUCCUGUGGUCUGCUGGAUUCACAAUCACAAUCCGAGACUGAAAUCGAGGAGGACGUGGGAGACGGCUUCGCUCCUGAAAGUAAGGAUCUCCUGCAGCUGGCUCGCAGAGCUCAACUGUGGCCCGCACUGGAACAGCUGGCCAUCCUCAACCAGAUGAAGGUCACUACAGAUCUGCUGCAUCUGUCCAUAACACAAAGAGAGAACAAAGAUGAUGAAACACAGCUUUUCCAGUCUCUGUCCAAUCAUCUGCGUUUCUGCGUGCAUUCCACACCCAUGAACGUCCGCCUGCUCCAGCCACUGUGGUUCCUUCUCAAUACAGAGCGGCCUGUAGACGAGCUGCCGUUAGUGUGGUGUGAACUGCUAUCUGAGACACUGGCGUCGCUCUGGAACGGCAGUGUGACCUCUGAUCCUGAACGCUGGCUCACAUGGAGCCCCCUAAAUCCAGAAGAACAGAAGAGUUCCCGAUCACUCCUGGGUCCCUCUGAGACGGGUCCUGGCAUGCUCAGUCGUGCUGUGUGGUCCCGGUGCGUACAGGGAGUUUUGAGCAGUGAUGUUGGUGGACGGUGGGAUCCGUCCGGCUCCUCGUUCCUCUCUUCGUCACGAGUGACCCUGGGUGAGUGGAGGGAGAGAAUUGGGCAACUCCAGGACCUCAGUGCUGUACUAUGGGACAACCUGGCCAUGCCAGAAUUUGCUGACUUCAGAUUAACAGACCGGCGGUUGCAGGGGUUGGUGUUGUGCCGGCAGCUGCAUGCCCUGUCUGACCUGCUGUCUCCAGCCUUACAAGAGAGCUACACGGAAUCCUGUGAGGCUCUCGUCGAUGGUGACAACACAGUCGUAGCUGCCCAGGAGAUUCAGGCUACCCUAAAAGAAGGCUUGCCCGAAAACCUGCUCCCAGAGGGCUUCUUGGACACGCUGAUAACCUGCUUAAUCCAGUUCUCUCACAACCGUGCAUGUGACACCAUCCAGCUGGCCCGCUCUGGCGUUUUCUGGGUGAACAUGGGUCUUCUACAGAUCCAAGUAUGGGCUCCACAGACCAUUUUUGAUCCGGCGGUAAAGAGGGCUUACAAAUUGAAAUAUGCUCAAGAAGAGCUUGCUCUGCUUCAGGAUGAAUGGAGGGGGCGGAGUCUCUCCUCUCAGCUGCUGACGGGGGCGGAGCUAGAAGAGAGCAGCACCACUGAUGCCUUCCAACACCCUCGAAUCAGGUACCUCUGGAUCAGAAUGCAGCAGGUAAAAGAGCAAAUCUGCGAACUUGGACGCAAGCAGGCAUGCCGCCCCGCCGAUCCCCAGUAUGGGCGGCUGUACCAGGAGCUCCAGCACUAUCUGUGCAGCAUAGGCCAGCCAGCAGCUGUUGGCGACCUGCUUUCACACCUCCUCAAAGCUCUACAGGACCCCGGCCCCAAAUCCAGACCUGGAAUCCAGGGCCUGCUGAAGGAGGAGGCCGUCUGGCAGGCUUCACAGCAGCGCUUCUCCCAGCGUUUGGUUGAUGAGUACCCGCUGUACCCGGAUGUGGUGGUGCCGUUACGCUCGGCCAUCCUGCACCUGCAGCAUGGUAUGCGCUUGUUGGCCUCACAGGUGGCAUCUUCACUGUCUUCACUGCCAGGUCUGGCACGUCUUAUCUCUACGCUGAUGGCCUUCCCUGCACCACUGUGGAGCUCUGAUUUGGCACGUGCUCAGUUCCUGUGUUCACGAACGUGCAUGGAUACUAUUAAAACUCUGGAGAAGCUUGUACCCGAUGCCGAGCUGGCACGCGUGGUCCCUGAGCCCACAGUGCUGCUGCUUAGUGCUCUGAUGUGCUUACAGAGUCACGCAGUAAGUGCCGGAGAGCUCGGGUCUGAGGCACAGACAUUGCUUAGACACGUCUGUCAGGCUCUGGUGAACGAGUGGGACGAGCAGGAGAGAAGGGCGAGGGAGAAGGAGCAAAGGGAGGCCAGUCUGUACCGCAGUCGGUCCAAAUUGCAUGGAGAAGGCCUCACUGAGGAGCAGGAGGAGGAGCGGGACUUUAGAAGGUCCUUCCCCACCUACCAUAAAGAUUUUGCUGACAUCACUGCAGAACCCAGUCUGGAGCAACCAAUCAUCAUCGAGGAUGAUGAGGACUGUGAUGCUGAGGUGGCAUCUGACAGAAACAGCAGCUUCGUGGUGGCUAGCUGCCAGAACAGCAUGGUUCAGAUACAUCAGAAACUGUGCCUGUCCUUUGCCCAGUCAUUGUGGUACCAGGGCAGCCUGCCAGCCAAUCAGUGCAGAGAACACAUCAGUGCUCUGGUCUCGUCCUAUCAGAUCACUGCUCCUUUGAUAUCUCGCUUCUAUCAUUUGAUGGACUGUGAAAUGGACCCUGGAUUGACCGGCUCUCAGCUUUUACUCAGCUCUCUGCUGCAGAACACGGUUCAGGGAUCUGGAGGUCCAGCUGGCCUCAUCCUCCAAACCGAAGGUCCGUAUGACUUCUACAGGGAUCCCAAUAUGUGCCAGGCUCGACUGUGUCUGCCCGCCGUCGAGCAGCUGGCCCGAGCUGUCGGCCAGCGUCUGGAAGACUGGCCUGAACAUCCAGCUCUGGUCCAGAUUACUGUGGUGAUCGAGAGGAUUUUGGGCUUCAGUUUGUCCAGCUCUCUGGCUAAGUUUCUCAACGGCCUGGAGAUCUUGCUCAGCAAAGCACAGGACUGGGAGAACAAUGCCAGUCGUUCUUUGUCUCUGAGGAGCGAGUUGGAGUCCAUCACACAGCUCAUCAUCCAGUGGAGAAAACUAGAGCUUAAUUGCUGGUCCAGCAGUUUGGAUAAUGCUCUGAAGAGACAUGCAGAGAACUCUAACAAGCACUGGUUCUCCAUCUACCAGCUCAUAGAGAAAUAUCUACAAGAGAAGAGGACUGACUCCAAACCUGAGGGAGGCAUGAAGGAUGAAGAUGUGAAUGAUGGAGGUGUGAAAGAGUUCCCCCUGUCAUCAGUCUCAUCUACGCUGCAGGGCUUUAUUGAGGGCUCCACGCUGGGCGGGUUCCACGCGCGAUUGUCCAUGCUGCUUGCUUUCCACUGCCACGUCCUACUGGCCCCUAAACAGGAUGGGCAAGAUUCGGUGUGCAGUCUGCUGUGGAACCUGCACAAGUACUACUCACAGUUUUCUGACAGCGUCCAGGCUAAAAUCACCCAGCUUAGAGCGCCCAUCGAGAAAGAUCUUAAGGACUUUGUCAAGAUCUCCAAGUGGAAUGAUGUCAGUUUCUGGGCCAUCAAACAGUCCGUGGAGAAAACGCACAGAACCUUGUUCAAGUUUGUGAGAAAGUUUGAGAUGACUCUGGCUGAACCAUGUGCUCCCUGCCUGGUGGAGCAGAAGAGCAGCGGCAGUGUGGACAACCUGGACAAUAUGGAAAAUACGCCACUACACAGGCUCUACCAGGCUCUCAAUAAUGCCCUACCAGGACGGGGUAGAGACCUACAGAACGACAGUCAAGAAGUGGUUCUGUCUGGCCUGGAUCCUUCAUCGCUGCGAGCUCGUCUGCCCGUCCUUACGAAAAAGAUGAGGAAAAUGUGUGUGCAGCUGGUGAAGAAGGCGCCUCUUCCCGAGCUGUCAGAGGAUCUUGACCAGUUCACAGUGGAGAUCAUCAGUAACGUCCAGGCGCUGCAGAGUCUCACGGUGGACCGGUCUCUUGAAAAGGAAAAGCAGAAAUCUGAGGUGAAACACAUCCUCCAGCAGAAACUGAGAGCUCUGGUCGACCUCUUCAAGAUGCUCAGGCAGAUUGGUCUGUCCUAUCGUAAAGGCCUGACUUGGGGUCGUACAGCAGAUCCGGAGGAGCCGCUCUGUUUGCACCCUAUAGAGAUGAAGACUACACUUUCUGCACUGAGAACCCAGGAACAUACAGAAAACAUGCUGUUUGAUGAAAUGUCUGGUGCGUGGGACGGCUGUCAAAAGUAUUUCUACCGUUCCUGGGCCAGACGCAAUGCCAUGCAGGCUGCACUGCAGUCAGCUGUAAAGGAACUGGGUUUGGGAAAUGUGGAGCGAUGCCGGGGCUUUUCCUCUCACCUGUUCAAACUGCUGCUUCGGCAACGGCGCAGACUCGCCAAACUUACAGAGCACUUCAUACACCUCAGGAGGUUAAUCGACAGUGUGAAAGACGUCCAGAAUCACCAGAUUCCCUUGAACGGGAAAGACGACUUUGCCAUCCCACCUCAGGACUCUCUCAGUCGCUGGGUAGUGAGAGUGAGGACCCUGGCUCAGCAGUGUUGCACAGCCCUGCAGCAGUUUCACUGGGUGCUUCAGUGCUGCCCGGAAGGUUCUUCCAUCAAAGAGGGUGAGGUUGGGCAGGUUAAGGCUACACUCAGCCAUUCAUCACCCCUGCCAUCUCACAUCCAACCACCAGCGUGCCUGAUGAGGAGGGGCGAGACAGGCUGGACGGAGGCGGUGCAGAGUGUAGAGACGCUCCAGAAGGACAGUGUACAGCUCAAAGAGAGACUCAACGCACUGAGGGAAGAGUCCACCCAACGAACCAUCCACACCAGGAGGCACUUGGAUGAAUGCUGCUCGUGCGUGCACGGUUUGGGAAAGCUGGCAGACCGGAUGGCGACUCUGGAGCAGCUCUUCGCCUUGAAUGGUAGCACAACACCCCGUCCCCAGCUGUGCUUAAUGCAGGGCCUGCACUCCAUCAGAACUGAGGUGGACUCCUGCAUCGUCGAGUUCACCACCUGGAAAUCUCAGCAGCUGUCACUCGGAACAGUAUUCAAAGGUCCUGCUACUUCGUUCCGGGUCGAGUUCUCGGAGCAGGUGGAGAGAACCAUAAAUACAGUUCUGUGUGCGGUACAGAGUUUGGUAAAGAAAAGAGAGCGAGAAAAAGACGGAGAGCAGCAGGAAGAACCCAAAAGAGAGAGCGAUUCUGAGGUGACUGAGGAGCUGCUGAAGCCUGGACACCUGAGCAGGUUGUUGGAGGAAGACCUGAGCGGAGAUGUGUCGUGUCUUUCCCUGCCUGAGGUCAUCGGAGUCACUGAGAAGUUGCUGCAGAGGCUGAGAUCUCACAGAGAUGCGUGUCCACCACAAAACCUAGGGGAACUGAUGGAGGCCUGCAGAGACCUGGUUCAGUUGGAGCCCAUGCUGUGUGUUUAUUCAGAGCUGGUACGCUGGUACGUGGCAGUUUGUAUGGGUGCCCACCGCACAACGGGAAAACUGCUGUCUGUCCUCGCCAACCUCUUUACUGAUCUUGCUCAGAAGGGCUUUUGUUUGCCCCAGGAGUUGAUGGAAGGAGGUGAUGGAGAAGGUGCUACAGAGUUCCAUGACUACGAGGGUGGCGGUAUUGGAGAAGGAGAGGGUGUCAAAGAUGUCAGCGACAAGAUUGAGAAUGAAGAUCAGGUUGAGGACACGUUCCAAGAAGGACAGGAAAAGAAAGAAGAAGAGCAGGACCAGAGAGAUAUUAAAGCAGAGGAUAAUGCCAUUGAGAUGUCUGAGGACUUUGAUGGGAAGAUGCAUGAUGACGAGCCACGAGAACCAGGCGAGGAUGAGGAGGACUCUGAUAAAGAGGAGAAUGAGGAACUGGAUAAGAAGAUGGGAGAUUUGGGAGAUGGACCUACCGACACCCUGGAUGAAAGGAUGUGGGGUGAUGAAGAUAAUGAUGAUGAUGACCUGGAUGGCAGCGACAAAGAGGACGAGUCUGGGCCAGGAAUGGAUCAAGGAGAGUCGGAGCUGGUUGCUAAGGAUGACAACACAGAUGCAGGCGAGUCCAACAAAGAUAAGAAGAACCAGGACAAAGACAAUCCGAUGGAUAACGAAGAGCAGGAGAAAAUACACGAACAGGUUGACGAGCGUGAGUUUGAUGAGAACGAGGUGGACCCGUACCAUGGUAAACAGGAGAAGAAAGCUGAACCACAAACUAUGGAUCUGCCUGAGGAGCUUAAUCUGGACCAGAAUGAACAAGGAGAGGAAGAGGAGGGGGAGGAAGAGGGUGAGAACCCACAUGACAUUGAUGAUAAACCCAUGGAAGUGGACGAGGCUGAGGGAGAGGAGAGGGAGGAAGGAGAAGAGCAAAGAAACCAGGAGAUGACUAAUGACAUGGAGGACGGUCAGGGAGAAGAAGAGGGAAAGGAACAGAAAGCAGAGGAAGAGGACGGAGGAGAACAACCAGACCCAGAUACGGACGAGAGAGGAGAGAAUAAAGCAGAGGAAGAUGAAGAAGAUAAGGAGAGGGGACAGGAAGAAGGAAAAGAUGAAGACAAGGCGAUGCCUUCUGCUGAUCAGGGCCAGAAGCCAAAGGAUGAGGAGGAGGAUGGUGAGGAGGAGGAGGAGGAGGAAGAUACCAAGAUGGAGUCUGCUGAGAGAAAGGAACAUGCCACAGACGGUCAGACUGGCGAGGAGAACGUUCAGAGUGAAACAGCGGUGGAGCUGGCCGGAGAAGCAUCUGAAAAAGACCAGGCCAAAGAGGAACAUGGUAGCGGGGCAGCAGAUGCCAGUCAGGCUGAGGGGCACGACUCCACACUGAUGGCCAGGAUGAGCUCUCAGAGGCAGAGACAGAAACAAACUCAGAGUUUUAAGCGGAAGCCAGGCAGGGCAGAUAAUGAACGCUCUCUAGGUGAUGCCAGUGAGCAGGUACGUAAGAGACUGCGUACAGUGGAAAGCGCAGAGCGGCGAGAACAGGAACAAACUUCCAGUGAUGCCAUGCAGGAGUCCGACAUGUACGAGCACAUCAAACAGGGAGAGGAGAAGUACGACAUGCAGACAUAUGAUGCAGCUAGUACCGAGCAGCAGAGGCCUUCCACAAUGAAGAAGGAUGAUGAUGAUAAUGAAGAAGAUGAGAUCGCAAUGGAUAUGGAGGACGAAAAAGAGCUGCAAGCAGUAGAGGCACCAGAGCUGAAGCCUGAGAAAAUGGACAGCUCCAAAGCCUCUCAGAGAGGGCUGGAAAGUGGAGAAAUGGACACCCAGAAGAAGGCUGAUGAGCAGGAGGAAGAGAAACCAGAGACGAAGAUGAGCUGUGAUGAUGAGCAAAAGCAGGAGAGGAGUAAUGAGUCCACCAUUCACACAGUACCUGAGCUGCUAAUGGAAAUGCAGAAGUUGGAGGUGAAGGAUCCAGAGCUGCUGAGGAGAGAGAUGGAGCUGCAGUUGGAGGCGUGGCAGAAACAGACCCCAGGAUCUGCGGAAGAGGAGGGUGCAGCAGCAGCAAUGUGGCAGCAGUACCAGGCUCUUACAUCUCCACUGUCCCAGCAGCUUUGUGAACAGCUUCGUCUCAUUCUGGAACCUACACAGGCCGCCAAACUCAAGGGAGAUUACCGCACAGGUAAACGGCUGAACAUGCGGAAGGUCAUUCCCUACAUCGCCAGUCAGUUCAGAAAGGACAAGAUCUGGCUGAGGAGAACCAAACCCAGCAAGAGAGAUUAUCAGAUCUGCCUGGCUGUAGAUGACUCCUCCAGCAUGGUGGAUAAUCACUCCAAACAGUUGGCAUUUGAGUCCGUCUCCGUGAUAGUAAAUGCUCUCACUCUGCUGGAGGUGGGACAGGUGGCAGUGUGCAGCUUUGGCGAAAGUGUCCAGCUACUUCAUCCUUUCCAGCAGCAGUUUAACGACCAAUCAGGAGCCAGAAUCCUGCGGCUCUGCCAAUUCCAGCAGAAAAAGACCAGAAUAGCGCAGUUUCUGGAGACGUCAGCUAACAUGUUUAUGGCAGCUAAACAGCAAAAUCCUAGCGCUGCAAAUACAGAGACGGCUCAGUUGUUGCUGAUCGUGUCCGACGGCAGAGGUUUGUUUCUGGAGGGGAAAGAGAGAGUUGCUGCUGCUGUUCAAGCUGCUCGCAGUUCCAAUGUCUUCGUCAUAUUUGUAGUGCUGGAUAACCCCAAUUCCAGAGACUCCAUCCUGGACAUUAAAGUGCCCAUUUUCAAAGGACCGGGCGAGCUGCCAGAGAUCCGCUCCUACAUGGAUGAGUUCCCGUUCCCGUUUUAUGUGAUCCUGCGUGACGCCAAUGCCCUGCCUGAGACUCUGAGUGAUGCGUUGAGGCAGUGGUUUGAGCUCGUCACUGCUACAGACCGGUAACGACCGAUCAGGUUGCUGCAAAAUCCCCAGACAUUCACCUCAGUCCGGCUGCUUUACAUGUGCCUUUUCUUUUUAUUAAUUAUGGGAUUAUUUUAUUGAAUUGUAGUUUGAUAGAAAUGCUGCUAUUUGGUUUGAACAGUAUUUUUAUUUUUUCCCUUUUUGUUGUUUAACCCUUUGCACACUAUUUACUUUUUCUGAUGUGAAACAAUAUGAUUCUCUUUCAUUCUGAACAUAACAUGGUAAAUGUGAACUGGUUCCGUGUACACAUCCAGUUUGAAAUGUGAAUGCUGUGAAUGGUGCUCUAUGGGUGUCCAAACCAAAAGUGCAGAUGAUGUGAAUGAUCUCUGCAGAAAUCUAGUAAAACUGUGCCUUCUUAGAACUGUAUUCUCAUUUCUGGACGCAAGUCACCAUCUACACACAUUUCCAGGAUUCUGACUACUCUUUUCGGCUAUUUCAUCCCACACUGUUUGAUUCAAGGCAGCUUGUCUAGUUCAUGAUGAUCUUAUCUACAUGCAUGGACAAACUACUUUUCAUCAGAAAUACAGACUUCAAAUACACUUCAUAAACACCUUUUGUACUUUUUAGGAGAAACAAAUGUUCACAGUAUUUGGUCACUGUGUGCUGACUGCAUCUGUGCUUGUAACAUCAAUAAAAGAUUUCUUCAGCAGAAAUGAGUUGGAAUAAA